AUGUACGGAUUUGUUUUUUGUUCAUUCUCAACGCAGUUGAAUGUAAUGGUGCCCCGAAACACAUACGGUGCCGGAGUUGAACAGUUACGCCAACAAGUAGCCAUUGUGCAACAUCACGACGCAGUAACUGGUACCGAACAACAGCAUGUAGCUGAUGACUACGUGUGGCGUUUAAACAACGCUGCGCUACCCUGCAAAGAAUUCAUCGGCCAAGCAAUUGGCCUAUUGAUGGUUAACGAACUAACCACCUCUACCCCUUGGAAUGCACCUAAAUUUUGCAAUGAACGCAACAUUAGCCUCUGUUCGGUCACAGAUGAGGAGGAACUAAGUACUCCCUCAAGUUUUCGCAUCACUCUGUACAACCCUCUUCCUUGGGAGAUUCCUGAUAUCUGGCUUCGUGUACCAAUUCACCUCGGAGCGUACUCAACGCAAGUCCGAGUCACCGAUCUAUCCGACCCAGAUUCCUGCAAGAUAACUCAUCAGCUUUUGGAAAUCACGAACCGCACCAGGAGCAUACCCGAACGUCAGAUGGCCCGUUCCAGCACAGAUAUGGACCUUGUGUUCCGCUCCGUUUCUGAUUGUGCAGUCCCGGCCCUGGGAUUUAGGACAUACCAAGUGGAUGUGACGCCAAAUAUUGGGUCAAGUUUGAACGACAAUGGGCUGGAGCCUGAGAUAAAUUCGAAUGCACGAAUGUUAUUCAAACUAUCAGCAAUCAAAACGGGUGUCCAAAUCAAAGCUACUCACCGAAGAAGUGGAAAAAAUUUCGCUGUUAACGUCGAGAUGAUGUAUUACAGGGGGAGCACGAGUGACGGUGUAUCCGGUGCGUACAUUUUCCACCCAAAGGGCGAAGCCAUCAAGUGGACAGCAGCUGAAACCGAGGUAUACUCAUCUGGACGUCAACUGAUUCGCCGCAUUCGAACCACAAACUUACAUGAUCCCAUCGCCUCUAACUACUACCCUGUGAUCAAUCGGAUCCUGAUCAAAGGUGCUGGUGAAACUUCACCCGAAUCACCCCCACUGGCACUCGCUGUCUACACUGAUCGCCCGCAAGGCGGAAGCAGUUUGGAACAAGGACAGUUGGAGCUCAUGGUGCAUCGACGGUUGGUUCGGGACGAUGGUCUCGGAGUAAAUGAAGCCCUCAUGGAACAGGGUGUUGAUAACCAU